UUGUUGCCGUGGUAACGUGACAACAAGGCAGCAGCAGAGAAACACGUUCAUUGUUUGUUUAAUAAAUCCGGCUUAAAGCGGGUCAGAGCGGGUGUGUGUGAUGGACGGACCCGGACUCCGGUUCUUCACCCCCGCGGAGGUCUCUGUUCACAACACCGAGGCCGACCUGUGGCUCUCCUUCCUGGGCAGAGUGGUCGACCUGAGCCCGCUGAUGGAGCAGCACCGAGGAGACGUCCUCCUGUUACCCAUCAUGGAGGUCGCAGGAAGAGACAUCAGCAGCUGGUUCGACCCUGAGACUGAAGACGUCUUGAGGUUCGUGGACCCUGUGUCCUGCUGUCUCAGGUAUUUCACCCCCAGAGGACGCUUCGUCCACGUCCCCCCCGCCGGUCCUCGCUCAGACUGGGUCUGUGAUGGCGGGACGCCCUGGUGGAGGGACAAACGCUACCAGGUGGGACGCUUGUCCUCCAAAACCCGCUGGAUCCGCGUGGUGAACACGCUGACGUCCCAGGAGACGCUGCUGCAGGUGUGUUCUGAGGAGACUCUGGAGCAGAUCCUGCAGCGCUACCUGAUCCACAACGCUCACGCCCGCAGCUACACCUGGAAGCAUGCCGGCGCCGCACUGGACAUGAGCCGCACGCUCGCCGACAACCACGUCCCCGACGACGACCACACGCUGACGCAGCUACGCCUCGACAGAGACCGCUUCACCCCCGCCCUCCUGCUGCACUUCAACGACGACCUCACUAAUGGCUGACCCCUGACCCCUGACCUCUGACCCCUGACAUCUAGUCCUCUCAGGAGCUGUCUGACCAUUAAAACUUUCAACGAGCAGCGUUUUUUUACUCAAACAUGUCUUUGUGCAGAAUAGUUUUUAUGCACAGUUAUGAUGACAGAAAUAAAAAUAAAAUUAGAUUUUAUAUAAACACUUUUCUUAGUGGCCACAAGUGUCACAGAUAAUGUAAAACACAAAAUGACCCAAUAAAGAUGUAAAAAUUACAAAAAACGCCACAAAAUUACCUAAAACCCCCACAAAAUUACCAAGAAAAGGCAAUAAAAUGACUAAAAAGACACAAAAUGACCACAAAAAAAGACGACAAAAAAGGCCAAAGCCAGUUUUCUUUCUGCUCUGUGUAAACA